AAUUGCCCUGCAAUCAUUUCUCAGACUGUUGUACUUGUAUUCAGGAAUGGAGCCACAAACGCCCGGGCGUCAGCAUGACAGUCAUGGUGAGAGCGACCAUGGCGAGUCCUACGGAGAGCAAUUAUUCAAGUACACGUUCGAUGAAGGGCGACAAGAACCCCGUUUUCUCAUCUUCCGAGGCCUCCAGCUCAUGAACAUCUCGAACAUGCAGAAUGGGUUGGCCAAACUAAAACACGACAUCAUGACAACUAAGACGGCAACGCCCCAGCAAACCGAAUCUCUCACUAAAGUCCUACACAAUUACACAAACGCCAUCCGCGACUACGAAUACCUCACCCGCCUCACCCCCAUAACCGGCUCGCAAGCGCGCCGCGGCCGCCUCGACCUCGAGCGCGUCUUCGGCGACGACGCCUACCACUUCAUCGACGAAGGCUCGGGCUACCGCCGCCUGGCCGACCCCUCCCUCCUGCCCACCGACACCCUCCGCGAGACGCUCAAGCGCCACCUCCCGCGCUCCGUCACCUACACGCGAUACGACGUCCGCAACCGCACGGACGAGUACUUCAACAACGAGCCGCCGGAGCAGGUAUCUCCCUUCGUGGAUAGGUUGGCAAGGUUUUUGGUGGCGUUUCUGGGCGGCGCCAUGUUGGUGGUGCCGAUGAUGGUGAUGCGGUUGCCCGAGGUGACGGUGGUCAAGAGCUUGGUGACGGUGAGUAUUUCAGUGUUGGUAUUUGCGGGCGCGCUGUCGGUGCUGUUUAAGGCGAGUAAUACCGAGACCAUGGUGGCGACGGCGACGUAUGCGGCCGUCUUGGUGGUGUUUGUGGGGGUUUCGGGGUAGGUAGAGGAUUAGGGAAGGAAUUUAGGAUAUAUAAGGUCACCACUCCCAAAAUUCCGAGAAUGAGAGUGUUGGUGUAAUCAGGCACACGGUCGUAGCAGGAUUGGCUGCGAAAAAUGGCGCUAUAUAAGUUACGUUUCUAUUCCCAAUCCUCAACCACUAGG